AUGCAGACCGAAGAUUUUAUUCCAAUUAUACAAGACGACUCUAAUGUCGAAGAGAGUGUCGCCUCUUCACAACAUGGAAAUGUCACUACCCUUUUUGUUCGCAAAAUUCCAUACGAUGCGACCGAUUCAGAAUUCGAAUCCUUUUUUUCGGAAAUAGGACCAAUACGCUCAUGUUUUCUUGUAAAAGAAACCAAUUCGAGCAUUAAACCUUCAGAUCCCGAGGGAUCCAAUCCCGCACCUCCGAAAGACAAAGAAGAAAGGGAAGUCAGGAACCGCGGUUAUGGAUUUGUUAGGUAUGCGUUAAGUCAAGACGCAGAACACGCAUUGAAAGAAUUAAAGAAAGUCAAAUUCCGAGGUACUCAUACUUUAAAAAUGGAGAUUGCCCUCAAAAAGCAUGAAAAACCUUCAUUCGUUGAAGCCGAUAAAAAAUCAGGACACUUGUCCGCGAGCGAGAAAAAAAAAAUAAACAAUGAGCUAUCGAACAAACCAGAAAGGGCAAGUAAGACAAUCUUGAUUCAAGGAUUGCCGAAAGAUUUGACUCGGAAAAGGAUUUACAAAAAAGUCAGAAAGUUUGGUGAUGUUGAGGAUAUGAUCUAUUCUGAAGAAGGACACGAGAUUGCCCAUAUUACCUUCAAGACAGUUAAGGAUGCCACAAAUGCGUUAAGACAUUUAGAUGGACACAUGUUUCAUGGAUCGAGGAUGAAUGCGAAAUUUGUGGAUGGAGAAGCAAAUAAGUCGAAUUCGGUUGAUAAAAAAUCCCGAUUGAUUGUUCGCAAUAUUCCGUGGGAGUAUCGCGAACAAGAUUUGUUAAAAAUUUUCUCAGCGUGCGGUGAAGUGGUGGAGGUCAGCUUGCCUCGUAAAUAUAAGGGAGGUCCAUUACGCGGAUUUGCAUGCAUACAAUACAGAAAACGUGAAGAGGCAGAAAAGGCAAUUAGUGAUUUAAAUGAGACGAAACACCAUGGUCGUACAAUAGCUGUUGAUUGGUCAUUACCAAAAGAUAAAUAUUUGGAAGCUAUGGGAGCGUUUCAAGCAAAGUUAACUGGUGACCCGGGAAACGGGCCAGGCGGAACGCAUGAAGAUCAGAUUAAGGAUGAGGAUAUUAGGAAUGUUGAUUCUGAAGAUGAUAAAAGUGUGGAAGAAACUGGAGAAAGGGAAGAUGACGAAAUUAUGACAGAUGCAAAGGAUGAUGUCAACUCUGAAAAUCACAGAUCAACUGGCACAAUAAAAAGAGAAGCUCAUCCUCCCUCGGAGGGUAAUGUUUUAUUUAUUCGUAAUCUUGCUUUUGAGGCUACAGAAGAAGAGCUUGGCGCCAUAUUUCGUCCAUUUGGACCAUUACGAUAUCAUGUCAUAACGAGAGAUAGUGCAACAGGUCGUUCGCGCGGUACAGGGUUCGUUUGUUUCGUGCAUAAAGAACACGCUGAUGAAUGUUUAUCGGAGGCGAAAAAAAUACAUCAUAUCGCCGUUGACUCAAAUGAAUUGUCGUCAAAAAAAGGGAAACGAAAAGAAUUGGUGUAUAAAUCAAUUCUUACAGCCGACCCAUCAGACUUGCAGGCACUUAAAUUCACAUUGCGCGGUAGAGUCUUAUCUGUAGUAAAAGCUGUCGAUAAAGAUGAAGCACACAAAUUGAUGGAAAUUAACCAGGAUAAGAGGCGAAAAGAAGAUCGAAGGAAUUUGUACUUGAUGAAUGAAGGAGGCACGCCGGUAGCUGAAUCGUUGCCAACUUCGGAAAUGAAUAAACGGAUAACUUCGUUUAAUACAAGGAAGAAUCUAUUGGCAAAAAAUCCGAAUCUUUAUAUAUCAAAAACUAGACUGUCCAUACGAAAUAUACCUCUAACGGUAGAUGAAUCAAGGUUGAAGAAUCUGGGGAAAGAAUCUAUUCAAAAUUUUAAAGAAGAAGUCCGAAAAGGUGAAAGGGAAGAUCUAAGAAAAAGCGAGAAAAUAGAAGGUUGGGAUAAGUUAAUUAAGAUCAAACAGGCGAAAAUAGCUCGAUCGAAAGAUAGAGUCGAUUCGGUUACACAAAAGCUUCGAUCAAAAGGCUACGGAUUUCUCGAGUAUGUGGAACACGCACACGCGUUGGCAGCAUUGAGAUAUCUUAACAAUAACCCUAAGGUAUUUGGGGAGAAAAAACGACCAAUCGUAGAAUUUGCAAUUGAGAAUUCAAUAAUAGUCAAGAGAAGGGCUGAAAGACUGAAAGGGAUAAAAGGUGGUAGGAGUGAUAAAAGCAAUAGGAAUAUUGAUAACAAAGAAAAAUCGGGAGAUACUCCAGAUAGAAAGUUCAAUAAUAAUAAUGAAAAUAUUAACUCGAAAAGAAAGAGAGAGACGAAUAACGAUGCUCAAUCCUCAACCAAGAAGAAAGCAAAAGUUAUUCAUCGUAAAUCGCCGAAGGUGCUGAAGAGAAGAAAAUAA